GUUUUACAUCCUGUUAAAGAAAUGAAAUAAUACAAUCAUAACACAUUACAAUAUCGUUUGUCAGAAAUCCAUUCAAUUAUUUUAUAUUUGAUGACAUCUUAUGAAACUUUAGAAGCUCCGCAGAAAAUUGUUUACAAAGGGGAAUAAUCGAUCAAACCAUCAUGGCAAAGUUUUUCAGUCAGACGGAUAUAGACAAGUUCAAGGAAUGCUUCUUCUUCCAUGCAAGGAGGGGGCACAUUUCCCAGGAGCAGGAGUUGUCCCUUAUAAUGAGGUCACUGGGAUAUAGUCCCACCCCACAGGAGGUGUCCAAGUACUUCAAUAAGUACAACAAAGACAAUAAAAUAGAAUUUGCCUCAUUCCUGGAAGCAAUGCACGACCAAUCAAGUGCUGAAAAUCCUGAAAAAGAAUUACUGAAUGCCUUUAAGUCACAUGACAAAGAGAAGAGGGGUUAUGUUAAUGCAGCCGAGGUCCAACAUAUCAUGAUGAACAUAGGAGAAAGACUGAGUCGACAGGAAGUUGAUGCUUUAUUCCGAGAGCUUGGUGUUCAACCCGGAGGACAGAUACGCUACAAUGAUUUCGUGAAAGCACUGCUGACUCCUGUUCCGGACUACUGAGUCCAGUCUUUUGGUCGUGUUAUUUCCAGGACCACCACACAAUCAAAAGUCGCCUGAAAGACAAAUGUACAUUAAAGAGGGAGACCAAUCUCCAACAAUAGACUUAUUCUGAUCAAUACAAUGAAAACAAUGCUUAAAAUUCUGAGUACAAUGCUACAUGUUAACAUAUAGAAGAUAUAUCUACAUGUAUUAUUAGAGUAUUUGAAUGGAGUUAGAUAAGAUAUUGGUUAAGUAAUCCACAGCAUUUCCACAUGUAUUCUGCAUUUUUGAUUUAUUUUGCCCAUACCGUGAUUUAAAAGUACACACAUGAUUAUAUAUUCAAUAUUAAAAUUGCAUUUGUGUAUAUAUAUAUAACCUACAUUAAUGUUGAACAUUGUAAUCAUGAGAAGUUGUGAGAUAAAAUGUAAUGAUUUAUAGUGAA